AUGGACAGCAUCCGCGUGGUCUGCAGGGUCAGACCACCCCACGCGAAGGAGGAUGCCCCAGUCGUGCAGGUCACCGAGGGCUGCAAGAUCCAGAUAACUGGCGACGAGGUCGAAAGCGGGGUGUUCGUGUUCGACCGGGUCUUCGGGCCUGAGUUCACGCAGCCUCAGGUGUACGAGGGAGUGGCGAGGCCCCUCAUCGAUGAGAUCUUCGGCGGCCUCAACGUCACAAUCCUGGCCUAUGGGCAGACCUCCUCCGGCAAGACCUACACCAUGCAGGGCUACGGGGAUCAGAAAGGCAUCAUCCCAAGGCUAAUAAACGACCUGUUCAGCAGGAUCGACCAGCAGUCCUCCCAGGCGGAGUUCACGGUUAAGCUGUCGGUCCUCGAGAUUUACGUGGAGCGGCUGAGGGACCUGCUCAGCAGUGAGGACAAGGACCUGAAAAUUAGGGAGAGCCGGGCGAAAGGAGUUUUCGUUGAGAAUCUCAGUGAGGUGUAUGUGGGCAGCCAGGCCGAGUUGCUUGAGCUGAUCGAGCUGGGGCAGGCCAACCGGAUGGUCUCUGCCACUAAGAUGAACGAGCUGAGCUCACGCUCGCACCUGAUCUGCAUCCUCGCGCUGCACAAGACCGACCUCGCGCACGCCGGGGCCCUGAACUCCAAAGUGAUCCUGGUGGACCUCGCAGGCUCGGAGAAGGCCAGCAAGACUGCCGCAAAGUAGAGACUGCUGGACGAGGCCAAGCACAUUAACAAGAGUCUGUCCGCGCUCGGCAACGUGAUCAACGCACUCACCGAGGGCAAGCAGACCCACAUCCCCUACCGAGACUCGCGGCUGACCCGGAUGCUGCAGGACAGUCUGGGAGGCAACUCCAAGACAGUCCUGCUGGUGACCUGCAGCCCUGCCGCCUGCAACGCCCAGGAAACCCUCUGCACCCUGCGGUUUGGCAUACGAGCCAAAAGCAUUAAGAAUAAAGUCACGGUCAACAAGGAGCAUACUGUGCCGGAACUGCUACUGCAGCUGGAGCGGGCGGAAGCACGCAUCCGCGAACUCACGCACCUGCUCGAGGGACAGGACUCGACAACUGGCACCACCUCUGCCAAGUCUUUGCCCAGUGUCUGGAAAUUCGAGUCCAGCGAGCCUGGGCCGUAG